UUUACGCCAAAGCUUGUGCGCUAUCUACGUCUACGACUUACCUCUUGCCGUAAGCGUAAGCUAUUACGUUGCUUUGUGCUCCGACCCGAAAUUAGAAAAUUCUCGGUUUGAUCACAGUCUUCGUUCCAUAUUUAUAUCGUGUAUUUAUAUUGUGGUUAAGUUAAACAUGCCGAUCUCGUGCUGCGUUAAGCACUGUAAAAGCAAGUGGACAGCAGGAUGUGGAAUAAGUUUUUUUAGAUUCCCAAAGAAAGAUGAGCAGCGGCUGCAACUGUGGAUAGUAGCAGUUGGUAGAGGCCCAACGUGGAAACCAACAGCAAAUAGUAAAAUAUGCAGUUUGCAUUUUUCAAGUUCCGACAUAAUUUCCGAUUUCGGAUAUAAAAGCAAGGAAGUGAGGUCUACAGCAGUCCCGUCGCUUGCAGUGUGUACUGACGUAGAUGAAGAAAACAUGCCAAAUGCUCUGGAAAAAAGCGCAAAAGCUUCUGAAAUAGUUUCUAAACAAGUUUCUGAUCAAAACGCAAAUAGUGGUCCAAUGGUCGUUGAACAGGUUAUUCCUGAACAAUACUUAACAUGCCAAAUGGAAAUCUCUUCGGAUGAAAUUCCUACAACAGACAAUCUGCCAAAGGAAAUAGAAGCUCUUCACGAAAAAGUUAGCAGACUUUUGCGUCAAGUGAAAACUUUAAAACAAACACUAAGGAGACGCGAUCAUAAAAUAAAGAAUAUGACGGAGUUAUUUAAAACUUUACAAAAAGAGAAUUUAAUUGACAAACAUUCUCUAAUGACACUGAAGAAUCGAUUUGAAGGUAGUGAUUGUGAAUUAUUUGCACAAUCACUACCUUCGAACCAAUUGAAAAACAAAAAUCGAAAAGAUUGUGACCAUCAAUAUUCUCAUGAAUUGAAAUAAUUUGUUCUUCUGUGCGCUAUUACAAUUGGAAACAAAUAACUUUAAAACAUUGAACAUAGCCUAGACAUAAAGAUAAUUCUACACGUGAAAAAGUAAUUUUGCUCUUGACAAAACUAUAUGUGAAAAUCUUCAAUGUAACGUCCCAAGGAGAAAUAAAAAGACAAGGUAACGUCAAGUUGAUAUUAACUAAAUUAUAUCAUAUUUUAGUGAAUAUGACAUCAAAUUGACGCUAUUUUGACUUUCCAUUUUUUCCUGAGGUUGACCCGUUAGAAAUACCGCAUAAAAUUAAACUUAUUAUGGCGGUUGUGCGAAAGUAUUUUUGACCGUUUGACUUUUUUCAUUUGGAAAAUUUUAUUCCAACGAAAUUGCAAUGCUUAUACGUAAACGGCACGUGAAACAAAACAAAUUUUUUCUACAAUCAAUAAUACAGAAAAGCUAGUUUGAUUUUUAUUAUCUAC